UUUGUCCAAAGGCCUGAGUGGAGUUGUCCGUGAGGAAGGGCAGAAGCGUCUGGACAGGGUUCAGAAGGAGGAUCGGGGCGUUUCAUUAAGUGGACCUUCAUAGACUCUCACUUUGUGCCUCCAUACUUCACCUGUUCUCAUAUAUUAAUAACCUCUCUCUCCCUUUACUCUCUGUCUGUCUCGCCCCCUCGCUCUUUCUCCAUCUCUCCCUCAGGACGGCGGUGUCAGACUUCUGUCGGAACUUGGACGCGGUGGAGGUGUUUCACCUGAGUGAGGUGACCCUGAGCGAGCUAGGCGCCACACAGAGACCAUGGAACUGCACAGAGUUCUGACGGAAGUCUGAAACCACCAUCCUGAGGGGGAGAGAAGGGGGAAGAAAGAGAGAGGGGGAGAACUGGGUACCACACAUCUCCACCGGGGGUUCCCCAGAGGGGGUAAGAUAAGGCACAAUCGUACUGACCCACAGACACAACUAUGACAUAAAGAUGUAUUUGGUCAUACAUAAUCUGAGAAGAAUAGAUUGAUAUCCAUGUGUUUCCCUUAUUGUACAUAAAUAGUUAGUAAUGUACAUAUUGCACAUAAUCUUUAUGUACUGGAUAUGUAUGUGUCCAGGCUGGUUCUGCCUGAACCCUCAGUUCCAUUUGACCCUGUUGGAGGAGGACAAUGACCCCAGUGACCUUGAGCUGACCUGUUCCUUCCUGGUGACCCUCAUGCAGAAGCACCAGAGACUAAGAGGAGUCCACCUGGGCAUCGGCCUGGAUACCCACAUACCUGCACAUGAACGCAUGCUCAGAGUGUGCUUACCUGUCCUCUCUGGACCUGAGCUUGCUCCGCCCACUCAUCAGCACCUGGAGGUGGUGAUUCGCGGUCGCCUGGCACCCGGCCAUUAUGUCAUCAUCCCCUCCACCCCGGAGACCAAUCAGCAGGGAGAGUUAAUUCUGUGGGUGUUGACAGAAAAGUGACUGGACCAGUCCAUGACUGGAGGUUGGAGGAAGAGUUACCUAUGAUAUAUGUUAAAGUAUCAGGGCACUCAGUCAAGAAAAGGCUCUCUAAAUUACACUGAGUUUACAAAACAUGAGGAACACCUACUCUUUCUGGUAAGAAGAGUGGCGGGGGCGUAUGCCUCAUGACUAACGAGACAUG